AGACAGUACAUUGCUCUUGACGAUUUCACCAAUAUCUUCACGCUUGAUGCGUUGAUCUUUCAAUUCACUUUGGCCGCGUAAAGAGUCAUUUCCUUGGCCUGGAGCGAAAUGCUAUACGUUGCAACCUCUUGAUACCUGUUGGAGCUUGCCCUCAGCCCUGGACCCCGAGUACGACCUCCCUUUCCAAGAAACCGAGAAUAGGGUAAAAAUCCAAGGUAUAGCACCGCAUCAUGCGGGCUUCUGCGUCUUUGUUGAGCGCGAAGACUCUCUUUGCGCUCAGCACACUCAAACACAUCGGCGCCCUUGCAAGUCCGAGCAUCAACGUUGCUCUCGAAGCUUCGUUUAGUCCAGCACCCUUUCUAGUAGAGCUUUUAGAAACUGCCGCAGAAGAGAACGCGACCGCAUACUAUCCCAUCCUCGACCAGCUAGCUCGAGGCUACUUCGACGAGAAAGACACAGACAAGGAGAUAUAUGAUGCUUUUGUAGACUUGUUGAAGAACGAUGGACACAUUACCGAUCCCGAGACGUUCGCCUCCUUCGAAUUUGCGCUUUCCGUCCAUUCGGCCGCACCGCGCAUAGAAGCACACUAUCAGUUCUACAGGACUUCGGUGGAGCCUUCGUUAGUAGCGGAACAAAAGAAGCAAUGCCAGAUCUGGGUAUCGUUCGGUGGGAAGCAGUACUGCUCGCCGCACUUGGAUGAGCCAUACGGCGAUAUCGAGAGCGAACGCUUAGAUGAACUACCUUUUGAUCGCAUAGCUGGCAACAGCUCUGGCUUACCCUCGAUAGUGUAUGCUGAUAUCACUUCGCCUCGUUUCAAAAAGUUCCACAGCACGGUAAGCAGGACAGCCAAGGAAGGCAAGACAUCGUACCGAAUCCGGCAUAAACCGUCACUCAAGGCACCGAAGACCCCACUCGUAGUCAACGGUUAUGGUGUCGGGCUCCAAUUGAAGCGGACCGACUAUAUUGUUAUCGACGACCGGCAGACCGAACAAACGGACAAGGUUGCUGAACAAAAGCCACUGGGCAUGGAGCUUCGUGACGAUGAGGAGGUUACAGAUCUGAAGCCCUUGUCCAAGGAUGAGGUAUCAGAUCUCGGCCUAAAAGCUGCCAGCUUUGUUAUGAAGAGUGAACAGCCGAUGGAUACGCUCUUGAAGCUCAGCCAGGAUUUUCCAAAGUACUCGUCGGUCAUCGCUGCUCAAAACACGUCUGAGAAGUUCUUAGAAGAGUACAUGAUGAAUCGCGAACAGCUCCUUCCGUCAGGAUCGAGUGUGAUUUGGAUCAACGGCGUACAGAUCCCAGCCCGUGACGUGAACCCGUACUCGCUUUUGGCACAUCUGCGUCGCGAGAGGAAGUUGAUCAAUGGGGUUCGGAGCCAAGGCCUUUCAGCUCCUGAUGCUAUUUCACUUUUGUCGCACUCGGCCAUCACAGAUACCCAGGCAGGAGACGAGCCCCAACGCUACGACUUCAGAGAUGAGACCGAGGGAGGCAAUGUAAUCGUUUGGAUGAACAACAUAGAAAAAGAUUCCAGAUACCAGCAAUGGCCCAAUGGGUUGAGAUCUCUCCUCCAGCGGACUUAUCCAGGCCAACUACCUCAAGUUCGCCGAGAUAUUCACAAUGCGAUCUUAUCUGUCGACUUCACUUCCGCGGACGAUGUUUCAACCAUCAUCAACACUGUUCUUGGUCUCAUCAAACGCCACAUCUCUAUACGAUGGGGUUUCGUACCCCAGACACUGACUGCAGGAGCCGUAGAGCAAGCGAAGGUUAUCUACCAUUUGCAAAGCACUUACGGACUGUCUACCGUCAUCGCAUAUCUUGAUGCUUCAAAAGAAGCCAAGAAGCUAGCAAAGCCUGACAAGGCCAUAUUUGAUUCGAGCGUUGAAGGCGCCAAGCUCCGCAACGAACGUCAAGCACGCGAGCUGGCAGAUGUUUUGAAAUCAGAGGACCUUGAAGAGAGAAUCGACAGAUCCAGGAGAUACCUGGGACGCCUGGCAGCAGCUGGAUCAAAUGCCCCAAUCUUCGUCAAUGGAGCUCCCAUCCCUAAAGGCGAUGAUUGGUUAUCCCCGCUCAGCCAGAGAGUUAGUAUGGAUCUCCGUCAAAUACAGAAAGGCGUCUAUGAAGGCGACAUCCUCGAAGACAGUUGGGUGCCGUCAAACUUCCUGUCACGGGCCGCCGCCAAGCGCAAUCCUCUCAUUAUUCCAGAAAAAGAGAAAGACAUCACGCUCGUGAAUAUGGCCGAGUUUGAACAGAAUCACGGAGAAUCGUUCCAGAAGAUGCCGCGCAUACAGGCAGCAGAUUCGGCAAGCAAGAAGGACUGGGUGCAUCUCACGAUUGUUGGUGAUUUCGACUCGGAGUCUGGACUUGAGCUGCUCACAUCUGCGGUCAAGUACCGCGAGGAGAACCCAAAUGCUGAGAUAGUCCUGGUCCAUAAUCCUCAGACUGGCGCGGACCAGACAAGCACUGCAGAGGAGCUUUUGGACGCGUAUAUCAAGUCUGGCCGUAAGCUCACAACCGAUGCCUUGUUGGCUGUCUUGGCACAGAAGCCAGCGUCCUCUUCAAUCCCUUCACGAUCCAAGCGUUUCUGGGGAGCUGCAGAGCCACUGGUUGAAGCUCUCGGUUUCAAGUCUGGUCAGUUUGGCGUUGUCAUAAAUGGCCGAAAGGUGGGACCCAUCCCUAUGGAUCAAAUUUUUUCAAAGGUUGAUAUGGACACUCUCGUGACGUACGAAACGUCCAGACGCAUUCAGCCCCUGAACCAAGCUCUCGAGGACCUGGAACUUACAGCAAAAAUCGCAUCGCCGUUCAGUCUUGCGAAGAUCCAGUCUCUUGUGGCACUUUCCACAAUUUCUGAUGUCCCCGAAGGCAUGUUCGAAACAGCAUCGACACUGAGGAUGAACACGUUCAAGACUUGGGCUGACGAGCAUACCGCGAUCAUCAGAGGAGACAACAGGACGGCCAUCUUCCAGGUUGUGGCCUCUAUCGAUCCAGCUACUGAGCUCGCUCAGAAGUGGAUUCCUAUCCUGAAGACACUCAGCGAUAUGAAGGGUGUCCACCUCAAACUGUUUUUGAACCCCGUCCAGAGACUGCAGGAACUGCCGGUCAAGCGCUUCUACAGAUACCUCCUUGAUUCCAAACCUACGUUCAAGCCUGAUGGUUUCGUCGGCAGUCUGGAGGCCCACUUUUCUGGCAUUCCCAAAGAGGCUCUGUUGAAUUUGGACAUGGACGUCCCACCUUCGUGGCUUGUGGCGCCGAAAGAAUCCGUUCACGAUCUCGACAACAUCAAGCUGAGCACUCUGCCAGCCGGUGCCAACAUCGAUGCCAUAUACGGACUGGAGAGUAUUCUCAUCGAAGGUCACUCUCGUGACACGUCUAACAGUGGUCAACCACCUCGCGGCGCGGAGAUUGUCCUUGCUACUGAAAAGGAUCCCCACUUCGCCGACACCAUCAUCAUGGCCAACCUAGGCUACUUCCAGUUCAAAGCCAACCCCGGCAUCUACAACAUCCAGCUCAAGAGUGGCCGAUCGCAUGACAUUUUCAGCCUCGACAGCGCAGGCUCGCAAGGCUGGGUACCACAGCCCGGCGACGAGACAACGGAGAUUGCGCUCAUGAGCUUCCAGGGCGCCACGCUCUUCCCUCGCCUCUCACGCAAGCCCGGCCAGGAAGAAGCCGACGUGCUUGUUGUCGAAGAAUCCGCCGCGUCGGAACUCGUAGCCAAAGGCAUGCAGAAAGUGAACCAGCUACUCGGUAAAAUGGGCAUCAACUUCAACAGUGAGAAGAUAUUCCAAAAGGGCGCCGAGCUCCUCGCCGGCAACAAAGCUGGUGGAAAAAAGACCACCCAAGCCGACAUCAACAUCUUCUCCGUCGCGUCCGGCCACCUCUACGAGCGCAUGCUAAACAUCAUGAUGCUCUCCGUCAUGAAGCACACCAACCACAGCGUGAAAUUCUGGUUCAUAGAGCAAUUCCUGUCCCCGUCAUUCAAAGCCUUCCUCCCCACCAUGGCAGCAGAAUACAACUUCACCUACGAAAUGGUAACAUACAAAUGGCCGCACUGGCUGCGCGGGCAAACCGAAAAACAGCGCGAAAUCUGGGGCUACAAGAUCCUCUUCCUCGACGUCCUGUUCCCCCUCGACCUCCACAAAGUCAUCUUCGUCGACGCAGACCAAAUCGUCCGCACCGAUAUGCACGACCUCGUCACGCACGACCUGCACGGCGCACCCUACGGCUUCACCCCCAUGGGCGACUCGCGCACAGAAAUGGAAGGCUUCCGCUUCUGGAAAACAGGAUACUGGGCGAACUUCCUGCGCGGCCGGCCAUACCAUAUAUCAGCCCUAUACGUCGUCGACCUCGUGCGCUUCCGCCAGCUCGCUGCGGGCGAUCGGCUGCGCCAGCAGUACCACAGCUUAUCUGCUGAUCCGAAUAGUCUGUCCAAUCUCGACCAGGAUCUGCCGAAUAAUAUGCAGUUUAACCUCCCGAUUCAUAGCCUCCCGAGAGAGUGGCUGUGGUGCGAGACUUGGUGUGCGGAUGAGGAUUUGGCGGAGGCGAAGACGAUUGAUCUUUGUAAUAAUCCGCUUACCAAGGAACCUAAGCUUGAGAGGGCGCGCAGGCAGAUUCCGGAGUGGAAUUUGUAUGAUGGGGAGGUUGCGGCGUUGGCGGGGAGGGUGAGGGGGGAGGGAGUUGGGGGUGGGGCGGAUGUGCAGGAGGAGGAGCAGGUUAGGGAGAGGGAGAGGGAGAGAAGGGGGAGGAAAGAUGAGUUAUAG